AAGCAAUUUAAGCAUGGCAUUCGCAGCAGCUCGUAUGAUAUUGAAAGAUAAGCGACGAAAGUCGAAAGAAGAUUUUGCACCGCCGAGACAACGAAGCAAGGCAAACUCGAAAUAUUUACACGAACGUCGUACCUCGCGAUAUUAUACAUCAGAAUAUGGUGAUCCAAACUACGAUCGUUAUUAUGACGUAAGUUUCAAGCCUCUUUUUGGAAUGUCUAAAAUACUAGAACAGAAAAACUUAGUAGCGAAACAAAAAUUAAGACUUAAAGAAAGCAAAUAA